AGUUUGUCUACAAAUGCAACCAUAUUUCUACAUGGAUUUUUUUUCUGUUUCAGAAAGAAGAUGUCAUUAGUGUGGAAAAGGAUGAAAGACUAUUUCUUCGGAAGCAUCGCUUCAUGCAUUUUGCAUCAUUGGAAUACGAAGGAGAAUAUUACAUGACACCAAGAGACUUCUUGUUCUCUGUAGUGUUUGAUCAAGUUGAACGUAAAGCCUCUGCCAAGAAACUGACAAAAAAGGAGGUAGAUGCUACACUGCUAUUUGUUACCAAAGCUAAACCAGGACCGACCUUUUUCAGACAACUUGGUGAUAAAGGGUUGAUAUCUUAUGCAGAGUACCUAUUUUUGCUGACAAUCCUUACAAAACCCCAGACUGGAUUUCAGAUUGCCUUUAAAAUGUUGGAUGCAGAUGGCAAUGAACAAGUUGAAAAGAAAGAAUUCUUUAAGCUGCAGAAAAUCAUUGGGAAGGAAGAUGAUAUGCAAAUAGCUGGAAAUGAAACAGUAUUUCAGGGAGUAGAACCGGAAAGCUGUGGUAUUAACACCACUUUGCUGAUACAUUUCUUUGGAAAAGAAGGAAAGGAAAAACUUCGCUUUUCCGAGUUUUUCAGAUUCAUGGAAAAUCUGCAAACAGAAGUCCAAGAAAUGGAAUUCAUAAAGUUUUCAAAGGGUUUGAACGUCAUGAGAAAAGAAGACUUUGCAGAGUGGUUGCUGUACUUCACCGAUGAGGAAAACAAUGAAAUUUAUUGGCAGAAUGUGAAGGACAGAAUUGAGGCAGGAGAGAAUAUCAGUUUGGAAGAAUUCAAGACUUUUUGCAAGUUUACGAAUAACCUGGAAGACUUUUCUAUUGCCAUGAAGAUGUUUACUGUUGCAAAUCGUCCUGUUAAACGGGCUGAGUUCAAGAGAGCAGUGAAGGUGGCAACGGGACAGGAGCUCUCAGAUAAUGUUUUGGAUACCAUCUUCAAGAUUUUUGAUCUAGAUGGAGAUGACUGCCUGAGCCACAGCGAAUUUCUUGGAGUCCUGAGGAACCGAAUGCAUCGAGGUUUGAGGGUACCACAACAGCAAGGCAUUCAGGGUUACUGGAAGUGUGUGAAAAGAGAAAGCAUUAGAGGAGCCAAAGAAGUGUGGAAGCAAAUUGGGAAAAGUCCUUUUUAA